AUGCACUCUCCAGCACACAAUCAUCUGGAAAAAACAUUUUUUUCAUUGUUAACUCAUUUAAGUAUUCUAUGUCAUUGUUGUGAUAAAACAUUUUGUCCCGAUCAUCUGGACGAACAUUAUGAAUCAAUUAAUGAACAAUUAAAACCUUUAGUUGAGGAAAUUAAUCUUCUUAAUGAUCAAAUAAUGAAUAAAACAAAAAUGAAAUUAAUUGGAAAUUGUCUUGAUAAACUCAAUCAAUGGCGUAAUGAAUCGUAUAAAACAAUAAAUCAUUUUUAUGAAAAAAAAUGUCAAGAACUUGAAGAAUAUUAUAUGAAACAUACAGAAAAUCAACAAAUAGAAAUAAAUGAAAUUGAACCCAAACUCAACAAACUUAUUCAUGAACAAAAUACUACGGAAGAAGAUAUUAAAUUAUUGAAAUCAACUAUUGACAUUCUUAAACAACAAAUAAAAGAACUUCAUCAAAUAUCUUAUCAUAUUAAUAUUCGUUCAUUCGAAUUAAAUGAAAAUUGUCUUUCUAUUGAGCAAAUUCAAACCAAUGAAAUUGAUUUUACAGUUCUUUUAUCUCCAUUUAAAACAAUUGAUUGUUCAAAUUAUAGUCGUUUAAUAUGUUCCAAUGGUGAAAAUAUGUUAUUAAUGCAUAAGAACUCCGAAUUACAUUUAUUUAAUAAAGAAUGUACAAUUAUAAAAAAGAUUUUAUGGAAAAAUGGUUAUAUUCAUCAUGUAUGUUGGUCAUCAACUUUAGAGAAAUUUAUUUUAAUCAUUUUUAAUAAAGGAAUUUCUCUUACCGAUGAAAAUUUUCAAUCCAUUGAACAAAUUAACAUCGAUCCUGAGAAAAAAUGGCAGCUUUGUGCAUGUUCGGAAACNUGCGACUCUGAGUCACUCUCCAGUAAAAAUUUAUGA